CAGGAAAAAGAGGAACUUUGCCAGCUGAAUUAAAAAAGACUGUCUGUUCUUUACAGCCAGACACUCACGACUUUCCCAUCCUUCACGAGAGGACACCACAGGAAUCCUGUCAUAAUAUGGAUCAAGAGCAUCAUGAACAGUUUCCACUGGAUGUUGAAGACGAAAGAGUUUUCAAAACUAAAGCAUGGAUACCAAGCAGGAGAUUUUUCAAGACAGAAUCUAGAAGAGGGAUUAAAGGCCAUUGGCUUUUUAUGGGUUUCUGUGUCCUUCUCACUGGAAUUAUUGCUGUCACUUUGGUGCAUCACUCCCUGUGGAUGAGCCGUGAACUGAAGACAACCCAAGAGUAUGUCAGGACCCUGAACAUCUCAUUAACCUCAAACAUGGCUGCAAACAGAAAUGGAUUACAAGAAAAGGAAGAAUUUGCUAAACUCAUAUCCCACCAGCAAACUUCAAAGGAGAAUGAUUUUAGGCAGAAAUUUGAAACAUUUGAGCUGCUGGUGAGAAACUCUAGCACUGAAGAGAAAGACCACUACAUGAAACUUCAUACUGAAUUGCAAGCCUUAGAAGAAAAGGUAUUUGAACAUUUGAAACAAGUCCGAUCCUCACUGGAUGUCUUGACCACCGAAAUCAAGAUCCUAAGUAGGAAAGAAGGGAGCCGUGAAGGAAGCGCAGAGCCCACUGCUGACUGCCCCCUAAACUGGCAGAAAUUCCAGAAGAGCUGUUAUUAUGUCUCCUUGAUUCAAAAGAGUUGGAAUGACUCUCGGGCCUUUUGCUUUGAUAUGCAGUCUGACCUUGUAGUGAUCAACAAUAAAAGAGAAAAUGAUUUCAUCAAGCAGAACAACUUAAUGGGUGCCUUCUGGAUGGGCCUAGCUGAAACAGACAAAGAUAAUUGGAAGUGGGUGGAUGGCACCGACUACCAAACUAACUUCAAAUUGUGGGAUGAAGGACAACCAGACAACUGGAAAGGACACCGUCUGCUUGGAGGUUCCUGGCUUUGAUCGACUCAAGGAGUUGUUCCAUCUGACCACAAGUGAGUGUUGUGAGAGGAAGUCAACAUCAUGAAUGUGCAGGCAGUGAAUGUGGCAGAGAAAAAAUCAUUGGAGCCACUUGGAAAGAGACAUGGAAGAUUGGAGUGGCUUUGAAGGCAGCCAAGAAAGGAGAUGACCUCUAAUAAACCUCACAUGAAUGAGCAAGGGAGUGUUGCUACAUUUUAUAAUGUGUUGGGCUACCAGCAUCAGUGAUAAUAAUAUGUCAGCAGAAUAAUGCAAUAAAAAAAAUCUCACAAAAUGAAGAUCUAGCAACAUUUUGUCAUGUGAUACAGUAAAAAUAUUAGAGGACAGUAUUAAGGGUAUAUGUCCUCAUCCUGCCAGAUUUCUUCUCUGCCUUUGACAUGGUCAGCCACCAAAUCCUCCUCCCAACACUUACUGGCUUUGGCAUCAAAAGGGACUGCCUUCAGGUGGGUUUCAGUCAUAUAUCUUUGAUGGAUCCUAACAUAUGUCCUGUCUUGGAAAGAUUUAAAAGAUUCAGCAGGCAAGCACUGGGGAUCAUAAGUACACAACUUGAUAGUUUAUUCCAGUGUCCCACAACUCUUUGCCUAAGGAAGUGUUUCUCAGAUCUUAAAUGCAUUUCCCAUUAAUUUCCACUGAUGUCCUCAAAUAUGUGAUUCACCCAUAAGCUGAAAGAAUGAUGUUGUAUCCACUUUAUCAGUGCCUUUGAGGAUUAUAAAUGUAUGGAUUAGGUCCCCACACAGUCUCCUCUUCUCCAGACUAAUCAGGUUUAACCGUUCCUUGUAUGUACCUGUUUGCUCUCCUCUGCACAGCUUCCAGUGCUGUUAUGUCUUUCUUGUGCUGUGGUGACCAGACCUGCACACAGUACUCCAGAUGCAGUCUUACUAGUGCAUUAUAUAGUUUGAGCAUAAUAUCCCUUAACUUAAAUUCAACAGUUCUUAUGAUAUAACCAACAUUUUAUUUGCCUUUUUAAUCAUUACUGUACAUAGCUUAGUCAAUGAAAAAGUUGUGUCAACAUAAACCCCUAAAUCGUUUUCAUAUGUUGCUUCUUGCAGACAGUGUCUCCCAUCUUGUGUGUAUAAUUGAUGUUCCUUUUCCCUACAUGUAACACUUUUGUACAUUAAACUGCAAUUUGCAGGUGUUCACCCA